CACGAUCGAUUCCGGUUCGGUUCCUGCCCUCUUCGACGACGAAUCCGCCGCGCUGCAACGGGCCACCAACGAUUGCGACUAGGACCGAAUUUCCAUGGCGAUUUCGCGAUAACCGGAACUUAGGCGGAGGCCGCCACUGAUAAAACCCUCCGAGCAUGGAGCCGCACCAGCUCCUCGCCGCCGUGACGACCACCGCGCCGCUGCCGACCGGCACGCCCGUGGUCGGCCGAAGCUGUGGCGGGGUGAACCUUCCAAUGGGAGGCGUCAUCUCCAUGCCCAACGGCGAGCUGGUCACUCUCACCGCAGCGGCCGCCUUCAGACCGGUCUGCACUCCGGUCUCGCCUCCCGCCAUCAUUGCGAACGGAGGGGGAGGCUCCGUCCCGAUCGACGACUCGGCCGACGGAUCGAUGCCCGGCGAGGACGGAUGGACCUUUUCGGACUGGCAGGAUCCCUUUUAUGCCUCGACCUUCCCCCAGUGCUACGCCCUCGCCGCGACGACCGUGGUGGCAUACACGCUCGUCAUCAUGCUCUUCGUCACCCCGCGGUCCUUCCUGGACGGCGGAGUCGUCGUGCUGGGCGGCAGGGGAUUCACAAACGGGGGGACCGGCCCGACCAUCGGCGGCCGGCCCUGGCUUCAGAAGGUUGCGGCUCUCGCGGUCGCGGUAUCCCUGACCAUUGCCAGCGCCGCCACGUUCCAGGCGGCCGAGGAGCAGUACUCGUUCGGCGUCCAGAACGCCAAGAAGCUCCAGAUGGAGGUCCUCGGCGGCACCGAGCUCAAGAUCAUCCGCAUCAUAUCCAACACCUUUCUCUGGCUCGCCCAGGCCCAAACGCUCAUCCGCCUGUUUCCGCGCCAGCGGGAGAAGGUCAUCAUCAAAUGGACCGCGUUCGCCCUCAUCACUCUGGACGUCAUCUUCCAAUCUCUCAACAGCUUCAAGUACGAGCAGGGCGUGGCGCGGCCCGGCUCCUUCCAACAUCCCGUGCCCGCCCUCAGCUAUCUAUUCGCCCUCUCCCUGGGCGUGCUAUACGCCGCCUGGGUCAUUUACUAUUCGCUCCUGAAAAAGCGGUACGCGUAUUGGCAUCCGCAGAUGAAGAACAUGGUCCUGGUCGCGGCUCUGUCGCUGAUGGCCAUUCUGAUCCCCAUCGUCUUCUUCAUCCUGGACAUCGUCCAGCCCGACUUCACCGGGUGGGGAGAAUACGUGCGAUGGGUUGGGGCGGCGGCGGCGAGCGUCAUCGUGUGGGAGUGGGUGGAAAGGAUCGAGGCCUUGGAGCGGGAGGAGAAGAAGGACGGUAUCCUCGGCAGGGAAGUGUUUGACGGGGACGAGAUGCUCGAGGAUGCGCGUUCGAGCCACCGGCUGAGGAGGAGGCGGAAAGAGCUCGACGACGAGGACAAGGGCCCCGGCUUCGAUGGCGGGCCGGACGAGAGCCCGAACACGGGCGGCGGCAACAGGUGGCCGACCGUCGCCGCGAUCGCAUCACGGUAUAAGCCUCGGCCCAGGGCCAGGAGCGCAGCGCAGCCUGCGGAACCCCCGACGACACAGCCGUCCAACCACGACAGGAUACGGUUCCUGCAGCCGCCAUUGUGGCCCGCCAGACCACCGCAGGCAGUCACGCCGGUCAGCCGCACCGACACCUCCAGCGCGGCGAGCACAGUCUACGCCGUACGCUACCACCCGCUGACGGAAACGACAUCCCGCACCCCGCCCCCUCCGCAGGGCCACGCUCCCGAGUCUCGAAGCAGCAGCAGAGCCUCGAGCCACCCCAGGGAUGACGGCGCCGCAAGCGAGGGGGGUGGUGAUACGGCCGCCCAGCCGACGCAGAACCCAGCGACGCCAGCAAACGACCCCUCAUCGUCGUCGUCACUGCCAUCAUCAAACAGAUGGCACUCACCAAGGCAAAAAAUACCCCUGCAAAAAGCACGGCCUGCAGAUGUGGAAACCGCCGUCCCGGCAGCGACAGCCAAGGAACACGGCUCGAGACGUGAGCGCCGCGGCGGCGGCAGCAGCAGCAACAACAACAACAACAAGUGGGACAUCCGCGCCCGCCUCGAGGAGUUCGCGGCUACGCAAGCCGACCGGCUCCGCGAGAGGUUCCGGACCACCCCGGACACGGACAGCCUCCCGGUAAGGGUCAUCCCGGCCCCGCCGCGCCGGGGCGCCGCGCUCGCCCAGCUACUGGAGGAGGAGGAAGAGGCGGAGGCGCGGGGGAGAUCGGCGGGGGACGAACCGCCGGCUUCCCCCGCCGCUGCCGCCCCGGCCGCCAGGCAGCCGCCGCUGUCACCUGGUUAUUCGCCGUCGCCGGUUUCCCCUGGUUCUGCGACGACUCCUAGCCUGGGCCGUCCGAGCUACGGUUUCCCGCCGUCUUGAUCUUCCUGGUUCGUCUUUUUGAGGUUGUUG